AUGAUUCUCAGUGGACUCGAAGUCGUCACUCGCCAAUUAGUGCGUAACUUACGCCACCUCCCCCAGCAGCAACAGCCAUGCGGUGUCGACCUCACUCUACGUCAAGUUUGCGAAUGGACCUCCGCGGCUUGCAUUGACUUCGAUAAUACCAAGCGUCAAGCGGCCAAGACUUCCAACCUGCCUUUCGACAACACCAGCCACGCAAUCACACUACAGCCAGGCGCCUACUUGGUCGAUUUCAACGAAACCGUUCAAAUCCCGCGAAAUUGCAUGGGAAGCGUCUUCCCUAGAUCAUCGCUCUGGCGGUCCGGUGUCGGAAUUGUUGCUGGUGUGGUCGAUGCUGGAUAUGAAGGUGCGAUGGGAGCUUUGCUAGAAGUGAAAAAUCCCCACGGUGUCGUUCUAUACCGAAAUGCCAAGCUCGCACAGAUUGUAUUCCACGAAUUGGGGGAAACGGUCGAGGGAUACAACGGUAUCUACCAAUCCUCAACAAGUUCUGUUGGACGCGAUGGCACGGAGAGGACUUAG